AUGCCCAUGCUCAGCGAAGAUGACUUGGUGCGUUUUAGGACGAAAAUUUGUAAAUUGGCAUCAACAGACAGAUGUGAAUUUGGGGAUGAACGGUGUAGUUACUCACACAAUAUUUAUUGGGGAAGAAGAUGUCCAUACUACCUAAGGGAUAUGAGGGCCCUGCGAUACCUGCCAGAGUUUUGCCCCGAUUCCACCAUGUCUUCAAAUCAGGCUAUAAUUGAAAAUUGUUGUACCAGGGGUAACAACUGUGCUUUUGCUCAUUCACAAGAGGAAAUCAAUUAUCACCCUUUAGUGUACAAAACAGUUGUGUGUAAUGAUUAUAAGGAAGGUAAGUGUAAAAAAUACUAUUGCCCAAAGAUACAUGGAUUGGCUGAAAGAAGACUCCCUUCUAAGUUUUAUAUGACCAAAAGAAAGGGUAUAAUCGUGACACACUAUCCAAAUGUCAUGUUUAUAGAUAAAAUAAGAAAGUCUAAGGAACUUCAGUUGUUAGACAAUGAGGUAGUCCCCAAUUAUAAUGAUUAUAAUAGUAAUUCAAAUGGUAGCAUAUCUAACAAUAUUAAAAGUAAAACUCUAGACUUAAUUAAAUCGUACGACCAGUGUAGUUACUACAGCAUACAUAACAAUGAAGCGCCGCACAAAAGUCUAGGAUUGGAGAGUAAUGUGGAUUAUGAAAUUGAACGUGUACUUGCAGGGUUUACGGAGACAGAUGGUCUAUACUCUCCAAAAUUGCAAAGUAAACCAACCAUAUGUGAAACAGAACGAUUUAUCAAUAACAAUAGCAUUACAUACCGCACAGAUGCGAAUUGGUACGAAGACAAUUUGGACAAGCUGAUGACAAUUGGUAACUUAAAUACUGUAGCUGGGAAAGUAGAGGUUCUUAAAAGGUUGGGUAUCUUCAACAGCUAUGAGGACGAAUGUGAAUAUUUAAAUUUUGAACAGUACAUUAAGAAAGUAAUGAAGUUAUGUGAUCUAAUAAAGUCAUUAGCUGUAACUUCUGCCACAUAUUCUACUAUAAGUAGUUUUGACAACGAUAAAUUGAUUGAUCAUAUACUAAGUUUGUUGCACCUGCUGGUAACUAGACAUAGGUGA